UAACAGAAGAGGGAUUAAAUUAGAACAAAAUAUAUAGUCGAAGGACUACCAUUAAAACUACGUGAAAUUGUUAUCGAAGAUUUAGCUGGAGUACAGUACCCCCUACUCUCCCUCACGUAAACCGCGUAAUCCGUUGACUUUUGGCCGGUUCAAAAGUCAACUUCUGCAACACAGCGCCAAACCCUGAGAGUUGACUCUCUAGUUUAAUUGAAAACCAAAAGUUCGAAAUUUCCAACAUCGGAAAACUAUUGGCUCAGCUCUAAUGGCAGAAAUCGCCGAUGAGAAGCUUAUGGCUCUAGCCCGGCAAAUAGCCCAGACUCUCGGCCCGAACAACUCCGCCACCGACGAUAUUCUCAGCAUUCUCUCCAACUCCGACGCAAAACCACGCGAGAGCUUCUCCGACGACGGCGGCGGCGUGGACCAUACCCUAAAGUCCCUCGACCGCCGGAUCUCCCGUUACAUCUCCUCCGCCGCGUCAAUUUGGCUGAACCCCCGCAAUUCCGCUUCAUUCCUCGACGCCGUCGACCAAUUAAUCGCCGUCGUCCGCGAAUGGAACCCUAUCGCCGACCGCGACAACAUCUCCACCUCCCUCGACCGCGCCGAGGAUCUGCUCCAGCAGUCCAUGUAUCGGUUGGAGGACGAGUUCCGAGCCCUAAUCGAACGCGGCUGGUCGACCGCCGAUCAUUCCGACUACUCCGACGAGGACCUAGACGACGACGUUUCCGUCGACGGCGUCGAUUUCAUCCCCGUGGCGCGGCCGAUGACCGAUUACAAACUCGUGGUCGACGCUUUGCCGGAGAGGACGGCCGAAGACUUAAACGACAUCGCCAAGCGGAUGGUGGCGGCGGGGUACAUGAAAGAGUGCUCCGGCGUGUACAGCACGUGCCGGAGGGAUUUCCUGGUGCAAAGCUUCUCCAGAUUGGGGCUGCAGAAGCUCACCGGCGACGAUCUCCAGAGCAUGCCGUGGAGCCAGGUAGAAGAUGAGAUCGAGAAAUGGAGCAAAGGAAUCACCGUCGCCGCUCAGAUUCUCUUCCCGAGCGAGCUUCGCUUAUGCGAUCGUGUCUUCUACGGCUUCCCCUCCGCCGUGGACCUUUCGUUCGCGGAGGUUUGCAGGGAUUCAACCAUCCAGCUCUUGAAUUUCGCCGAUGAAGUGGCGAUCGUCAGCCGCAUUCCAGACCGGUUGUUCAAGUUGCUGGACGUUUACGAAGCUGUAAGGGACUUGAUCCCUCAAUUCGAGUUGAUUUUUUCGAGGGAUCACUCUUUUUCGUUGAUUGAUGAAGCCGUAGCUGUUAGGAGAAGAGUGGGAGAUGUUAUCAGGGUCAUAUUCUUGGAGUUGGAGAAUUCGAUCCGCCGUGAUGUGGCCAAGUCCGCGAUCCCCGGUGGGGGUUUGCACCCCAUUAAUCGGUACAUGAUGAAUUAUCUUCGUGCAGCGUGUAGUUCGAGGCAGACGCUGGAACAGGUUUUCGAGGAGAGUGACGGAAAAGGGGACGAACGGGGUUUGUCCCCGUUAGCUAUCCAACUUACGUGGAUGAUGGAGCUUCUGGAGAAUAAUCUGGAGUCGAAGUCGAAGCUUUACAGGGGGGACACUGCGUUGUGCUGCGUAUUUAUGAUCAACAACCUGAGUUAUAUGUUGCAGAAGGUGAAAGAUAACGAGAUGGGAGCGGUGUUGGGUGGUAAUUGGAUCAAGAAACACACUGCUAAAGUGAGGCAGUAUCACGUAACUUAUCAAAAGAGUUCGUGGAGUAAGGUUUUGGAUGUACUCAGUGUCGAUAAUAGCUCUCAUGGAACGACAACCAAGAUUUUGAGGGAAAAACUGAAGCUGUUCAAUUCGUACUUUGAGGAGACGUGCAAGACUCAAUCCACGUGGGUGAUCUUCAACGAGGAGCUGUGCGAGGAGUUUACGGUUUCGGUUUCGGAGACUGUGUCCGAAGCAUACAGCGGCUUCAUUCAAAGAUUUGGGAAGCAUGGUGAUAGGCAUAUCAAGUACAGCGUGGAGGAUAUCGAGGCUUUGAUCGACGAUUUGUUUCGUGGAAUGUGCAGUGGGAAAAGGUGAGAUGGGAAAAUAUGUAAAGAUUGUGUUGCGUGUGUGAUCUUUUGUGUUGUGUUUUGUGUCGUAUAUACACUAGUCUAGUUUUUCGGAAAGAUUUCGCUGUUCUUGUGUAUUAUGGCCCUAUUGAUCUUGUUUUUGACUUGUUCAUUCUUUUCUACAACUUUGUGUAAUAAAUUCGGAACUCAUUGCAAAUUUGCAACUACCGAGAUGCAUCGUUUUAUAAUAAUGUCAACAUGUUUUCGAU